AUGACACUUAAAGACGUCUACCAGCGUUUCCUGGAGCUACCCAAUCCCAUCAGCCUGUCCGAGAAUGCCUCCCUCCAUUACAUUACCACCCUGAACACCUUUACACAGCCUGUCAAUAUUGUUCGGCACCUUGAGUCUCAAAACAAAAAGUUGGUCAAGACCAAAAGUGCGAGAAUAAUUUCAGCGGUGGAGGGACCGAAUGCCAUCGCCCUUGAGGUCGAGACGGUGCUGGAGUUCAUCUCAGGUGGAGGGUCAUACUUGCCAGGUCUUGAGAACUUCGUUGUUGACAAGAUUGCCACAAUCCCAACGACUCACAUUGUCCAUUUCGACGCCGAACAGAAAAUCUCCGUAAUCCGCAUCUCCUGGGAUCAAGCGUCAUUGUUGAAACAGACCGAAGUGAUCGGGUCAAGAGGCAAGAAUUGGCCGGUAGUCGACGGCAAAGACCAGGUCAGACUCAUCAACUCCAGCUUGACGGCGACUCCCCCAGCGGCAGAACUGCCCACUAGCCCCAGAGGUCGCUCGGAAAACCAAAGUCUUGCCUCCUCGCGCAAUGCGUCCCCGAGUAAAAGGCACAUCAAGGACCCUCAUGCAAGCCUCGACCUCUUUUCACCCAAGCCCGUCGACGAGAAUGAGCGGAUUUCGGGCCCCAACGCCGUGGCUCCGCGGGCGUCUGCUAGACCGCCACCACGCGAGAUGAGCGAGUUGUUCGCGGCGGGACAUGAAGAUCAUGAGCCAGGAUCGCCAAAGAAGGUCCCUGUCGAGCCGGUCGUGGCGCCCAAAGGAGGGAGCAACCAGAAGUUCGCCCCGCCGCGCCUGUUUGCUGAUGACCCCAACGAACCUGCUCCUGUCGGUUACAAGUCCAACCCUGCCAAGUACAACCAUUUCCAUCUUGGAGAGGAGCUGGAAGAUGACCCACUGCAGCAUCGUGACGUUACUCCUAAGCCAAAGACAACGAUGCCACUGCGAGGGAAAUCCAACAGACAGCAAUCUCAAUGGGAUUUCCAGGACUUUUUCACGCCAGAAAAGAUCACGCAAAAGGUGCGAGACCAAGACAUCGUCCACUUCAGCCUGGAUAGUGCCGUCAAUGAUCUCGAGACCCCGGGAAAGAAAGUGGUGGGCAAGCCACGCCGCGACAAUGAGAUCCACUUUGAAUUGCAAGACGACGGAACUCCCAUCGAGCGCCAUGCCGUCCCGAAACCUCGAAAAGAUGCGGAAACACACUUUCAACUGAGAGACGAGGCGACACCGGCUCCCACCCGUACUUCGGGGCGUCCGACCAGCUCGGCAAGUGAUCGCAUGGGGCUAUACGCUAACAACGUAUUCGACGAGGAUGACAAUGGCAGACCGGAGGAAAAGGCACCACUCUCCACCAUCACCAAUAACGCGAAUCGCAAACAUGAUUUCGACAGUCACUGGACGAUGUCUGAUGCAUCGCCGGCCAAUGGAAAGGCCAAUAAUGAGAACAAGCCGGCCAACAAGCACCGCAAGAAGCCGUCACAAAUGGACACCCACUGGGAUCCGUACGAGGAGACUACAGAUCAGCCACAGAAUCCACCUGCAGUGAGUCGGUUGAGAAAGGGCAUGGAGAGUCACUGGAGCAUGGGAGCAGAGGAGGAAAAGACGGCCGCCAAUGGAAAAAAUAAGAAUGCAAAGAGCUUCUGGGACUUUUGA